GUCACUAUUUUUUGUUUCAUUCUUCCCAUGGUUUGAACUCGACAGCCAACUUACGAAACACAGGUCUGAUCAGUCAGUCCUUGUGCAUUAGCGAUGGGUCGCAAACUCUGGGUCGCAGGCCUCCUGGCCGCAGCCGUACCUCACUCCCUCGCAGCCAACGAAUUCGGUCCUAGCGAACAAUCAGCACAUCGUCGCGGGCCGGAGAUCUUCAAUGCGGUGCAUAAUUCGAUGCGUCAAUGGGGAUCUUCGCUUCACCACAAUGGCAUGUCCUUCUUCGUCGCCACGGUUCCAGAAGGUGUUUUAUUCCACCAUGGAAACCAGAGGCCUGAGUCGCCCACGGAUCCAGACUGGUUGGCGUAUGAGAUCGAGCACGCGGAACACUUCGCGCAUGGUCGAAGACGACGUGGGCCGCCGGGACGGGGACCGCCUGGAAGGGGACCGCCUGGACCUGACGGGCCAUCUGGAUUUUACGACGGAGAGAUGCCAGACGAUGGCCAACAUGUCAUAGCCGAGCAUGAUAAACAGGAUGAGGAAGAAACUCACGGGUACCUGCACGUCUACAAAACGACUCGACCCCUAAAGUUCCUCUACGUCGACGGCAUGGGCGGCGGAAAGACCAAUAUGGGCACGCUCGACUCCCAGGACUACCUGCUCAGAGGCCUAGACUCCACCGCUAUUCAAAAACAGACAGAGGAACACGAAAAGGGAAAGGGACACCACGCAAAAAGAGCCCCAGGUGGUCCCAUGGACGAGCAACAACGCGCUAUCGAUCUCUGUAAGCUGUGUAAGGAAUGGGAUCUCCAGGGUGUCGUACGAAUGGAGGCCGGCUUCGAGAUCAUCAAGUGCGAUUUCUCCGAUGGACUGGAGCAGAUCCAGGCCCUGCAACGGCCGGAUGACGAAGGAGACAGGGGAGGAGGUGGCAUGCUCGGCGACAUGUUCGACGGCAUCGAGUACGUCCGCGGCCUGUCGGAACGGUACGAUGGGAUUGGUUCGACAAGGACCAUCAUCGAUUAUUCAUCCAUGGUGUCGGCCUUCUUUUUCCCUGUCAACCUUACCAACCCCGACCCUACGCGACCUGAUUUGCCGAGACUGUCUUCGACGACCGAUGCGGAACUUCUGGCGAUGAAGGAAUACUUGGCCAAUGUCAUCGCCCAACGUCGGGGUGAAGAAGGGCGCACCAUCGACUGGCAGGACGUGUCUGACCUGGUCGUGAGUCGCUACGCCGACAGGCUGAAGUACAUGGUUGAAUCCGCCGAAUCUAUCGAGCAGCUGGCGCACGAAAUUUCCUUCCUCCUGAACGUCUUCAUCGACUAUUCCGCAGACGACACCAACUCUGCAUCUGCCAUAGGCCGCUGCACUGAUUUCUACCUGGGUUCAGUAGUCCCCGUCACCGAGGCGGACCACAUGAUCCUCACGGGUUUCAAGGCUGUGUCUCGCGAAAUCUGCACCUCGCUGUUCCGCGUGCGCAAUUUGCUCAUUCUCGAUCCUGCGCCGGAUGUGAAGUCUUUGACCGCUUCGAAGAGUGCACUGAGGGCGUUGAUGGAUACUCUUAAUUGGACGAGGUUCAAGCGCUGCUCGCGGUGUGCGAUUGACGAGGUGUGCUUGAUUCCCAUGUGGCCUAUGGGAUUCGUGGAGGAUUAUGAUUCCCCGAGGUGUACGAAUGGGUCGGAUACGAGGAAGCGCGAGAGUUAUUGGCGUCGUGAUAGACCUGGUGGCGGAAAGGGGAGGGGCCCGCCACCUAGGGGUUAGUUUCAUUACUGGCAUUAUGUAUAUAUAUGCCUUCAUAUUUUAGGCAAGUGCGAGUAGCAGUAGUAUAUAACGGGCUUGUGGAUAGUAGUGGCAUAUCGGUGCUUGAAAAUUGAUGACAAGUCGUCAGUGCAUGAGCUGGAGAGGCGAGCUGUGGCGGAGACAUAAAUCAACCACACCCCAUGCAUGUGGAAAGUGGUCACUAUCUUAGCGGAG